CAGGCACAAUGGUGGAGAGUGCGGUGUACCUGCGCGGUGCCGUCAAGGUGUUUGGCGGCGGGUGUAACGGCGGUGACAAUGUGGGCGGGACCUCCGUCCUCAGAGGCCUCGACAUGACGGUGCCUCGCGGCAGCAUCGGCUGCGGCAAGACGACGCUGCUGCGCUGCGCGCUGGGCCGCGUGCCGCUGGACGCCGGGGAAGCGCGCGUGCUGGGCCUGCCGCCCGGCGCCGUCGACGCCGUGCGCGUCGGCUACAUGCCGCAGCGCGCGGCUGUGGAGGAGCGAAUGGACCUGCUGGUGCCGCUGCUGCAGCUGCCCCCCGACGACCGCCUCGUCAAGACGCUCAGCGGAGGCCAGCAACGCCGUGUCUCUCUUGCGGCAGCUAUCGUGCACGCCCCAGAGCUACUCAUUCUCGACGAGCCAACGGUCGGCCUGGAUCCCUUGCUUAGACACAGCAUUUGGGAAUACUUAACAAAACUAACUGAAGGAGGAAAAGCAACAGUCAUCAUUACAACACAUUAUGUUGAAGAGGCCCAGCAAGCACACAUUGUAGGUCUCAUGAGGCAUGGGAAACUUCUGGCAGAAGAUGCUCCACAGCAUCUCAUAUCAUUAUAUGACUGUAUCACUUUGGAAGAAGUCUUCCUUGGCAUGAGUGUUCAACAAGACCAAGAAAUACAAGAUCCAUCAUCAAUUGUAAGCCUUAUCAAGCAUAAUUUUACUCACGCUUACAAACUGACACUACAUAUCAUUGGAAUAUUCCUUUUCCCUUUUCUUCAAAUAAGCCUCUUCUUUUUGGCAAUUGGUGGCUAUCCCACAGGAAUAAAUUUAGCAGUGGUAAAUGAUGAAAUUGUUGACAUAUCAAACUGCGAUGAAUAUCGAGACAUAUUCAAUGACAAUUCAAGUUACUGCACAUUCAAUGCAAGCAGUUGCUUGUAUUUGAAUAUUAUUGACAACUCUCUCAUGAAUAUGGUUUUUUAUGGUAAAAUGGAUGAAGCUUUUGCAAGCGUGAAAUCAGGGAAAGCCAUUGGUGUUAUUCAUUUCCCUCAGAAUUUCAGUAGCCAGUUGGAAAUCCGUCUACUGAAUGGAAUACACACAAACAAUGACACAUUACAAUUUAGUGAAAUAGGCAUAACCAUGGACAUGACGGAACAACACACUGCAACCUUAGUAAAAACUCUGCUUUAUGAUAAAUACAAUACAAUGGUUAAACAAUUAUCUUCAAAUUGUGAUAUUGACAGUACUGUAUCAAAGUUACCUAUGCAGAAUGAUGUAUUUCUUGGCCACUACCUUGACAGCAGUAAUAAUGGUUAGAGAACGCCAAGAAGGUAUAUGGAGCAGGGACAUUGUUGCAGGAGUAACAUCGCUGGAACUCAUUCUUUCCCACAUUGUAACACAGUCAAUUUUUGUAGCUCUACAGAGUGUAGAAAUUCUGUUGGUAUCCAUUUAUAUUUAUGGAAUGGAAUGCAAAGGAAACAUCUUUCUUUUGUACACAAUAAUUCUUCUACAGGGCUUUUGUGGUUUGACAUUUGGUCUGGUAGUUGCAGUUCUGAGUAAGAGCAUCACUGUAGCCAUGUACAUGUGUUUAGGAAUUUAUGUUCCUUUCAUUAACCUUAGUGGAGUUAUUUGGCCAAUUGAAGGAAUGCCACGCUUUUUGCAGUGGGUCAGCUACACAAUGCCAACCACACUAGCAACUAUCUCUACAAACAAUGUUUUGCAGAAAGCAUGGGGAUUUUUUCACCCACAAGUUCUGCAUGGUAUUUUGACUACAGUGUUGUGGAUAAUUGGACAGGUGAUUUUUGCUGUGUGUGUACUCAGGCAAUUGAACAUUUCAGGAAACAAGAUUUAAAAAAUCCACAAUAUAUCUUUUGUUUGUUUAAAUUGUAACAUUUUUUACAAAGUGUCAAAUUGUAUGACUACAUUAUAUCAGAAUGUCAGAAAGCCAUUGUAUGUAUUCAUUUAGAAGAUUAACAAAAUGACAGAAAUUGAACAUUGUACGUUUGCGAAGUCAUAGGCAUAUAUGAAGAUGCCCAGAUAUAAAGGACAGUACAUUAAACUAAUUUUAUUAUAAAAACAAUAUUAGUUUGUGUGUUUGUGUAAGUAUAUGCAUGUGUGCAGGUGUACACAUGUUAUAUGUACAAAAGUAAAAAUUAAAUAUAUCACAAAUUAAGGGAGUUCAUACAUGUACAUGAAUCAUUUAUUACAGAGAGAAUUUCAAAAUGGGUAGCAAUAAAUGUCAAAUUUGAUUUUGUUUCUAUAAAAAUAACAUGACCUUUUACUUCCAUGAUUGCUUGUCAUUCAAAACUCUAAAAACCAAAAGCACUAGUGGAAGAAGUAACUUAUCACAGUUAUUCUCUACAGGACCCGUAGUCAUUUAUCAUUACUAAAAUUUGCAACAGAGAGAAUGUUCUCUACAAGAACUCCUUUUCAUGGAGCAGAUAGACAUCAUGUUAUCUCAUUUAAUAUGUAACUGCAAAGUAAGAUUAUUUAAACAUUUUCUAAAUGUUCCCACAUAAUGUUAUUCCUCAGAAGGCACAAUCCAAAUUUGUAAAUUACAAAACAAUCAAGAUGAAAAACUAAUCUUGAAUAUCUUUCUGCAUAGGUCUAUCAGUUGCUUUGUUUCCUCCUUCCAAGCAUCAUAAGUAAACAGUUCUUGUCAGGAGAUUGUAUUAUAUAUUCAAAGAUGUGUUAUAGUUCUCUGCUUAGAAUCAUUAAGGUUUAAGAAAGAACAACACACACCAAAUUAACACUCAAUUAACUAUUGUUUUCUUUUCUGAAUGUAUUCACUCAUUGUUUUAUUUCCUAUUGCUGUUAUUCUGUCUUGUUUUCUAGACAAAACAAAAGGUCUAUCACAAUUCAAGUUUCUUCAUGUAACUCUUUGAGCAGAUGGAUACAGUCUUAUACAUUGUAUUCUUUUUUUUUUUUUUUU